GGGGGAGCACAUGUGUAUGCUUGUCACUGAGGAUCUGGGAGGACGGAGGGAGGCCGCCAUAUGCUGACUGGAUUCCUGUUCCUGUGUGCAGAGCGCUGGCCGGCCGGGAACACGCCAUGGGAAGCUCACAUCUCCUCAACAAAGGCAUGCCUCUAGGCAUCAGACCUCCAAUCAUGAACGGGCCGAUGCACCCGCGCCCCCUUGUGGCGCUGCUGGACGGCAGAGACUGCACCGUGGAGAUGCCCAUCCUGAAGGACGUCGCAACCGUGGCGUUCUGCGACGCUCAGUCCACACAGGAGAUCCACGAGAAGGUGCUAAACGAAGCUGUGGGGGCGUUGAUGUACCACACCAUCACCCUGAUGAGGGAAGACCUGGAGAAGUUCAAGGCGUUGCGCAUCAUCGUUCGCAUCGGCAGCGGCUACGACAACAUAGACAUCAAAUCCGCCGGGGAGCUCGGCAUCGCUGUGUGCAACAUGCCAGCAGCGUCGGUGGAGGAGACGGCAGACUCCACGCUGUGCCACAUCCUCACCCUGUACCGACGCACCACCUGGCUGCACCAGGCUCUCCGGGAAGGGACGCGGGUUCAGAGCGUGGAGCAGAUCCGAGAGGUGGCGUCAGGCGCGGCCAGGAUCAGAGGAGAGACGCUGGGACUCAUUGGGCUCGGCCGGGUCGGCCAGGCCGUCGCCCUGCGAGCCAAGGCCUUCGGCUUCAACGAUUUCUACGACCCGUAUUUGGCCGACGGUGUAGAAAGGUCCCUGGGGCUCCAACGGGUCACCACCCUACAGGACCUUCUCUUCCACUCUGACUGUGUCUCGCUGCACUGCAGCCUCAACGAGCACAACCACCACCUGAUCAACGACUUCACCAUCAAACAGAUGCGGCAGGGGGCGUUCCUGGUGAACACAGCCAGGGGGGGCCUGGUGGAUGAGAAGGCUCUGGCUCAGGCUCUGAAGGAGGGCAGGAUACGUGGGGCGGCUCUGGAUGUCCAUGAGACGGAACCUUUCAGCUUCAGUCAGGGUCCACUGAAGGACGCGCCCAACCUGAUCUGCACGCCGCACGCCGCCUGGUACAGCGAACAGGCAUCACUGGAGAUGAGAGAAGAGGCGGCGAGGGAAAUCCGGAGGGCUGUGACAGGUCGGAUCCCAGACAGUCUGAAGAACUGUGUGAAUAAGGAGUUCCUCUCACCCAACAACCACUGGGCCGUCGACCCGGCUGUGGUCCAUCCUGAGCUCAACGGCGCCUACAGGUACCCCUCCGGGGUGGUGAGCUUGCCGGCUGGCGGCCUCCCUCCGCCCGUCGAAGGCAUCGUCCCGAGCGCCGUGCCCAUCACGCACACCCUCCCGCCCGCUGCCCACCCGCCUCACGCGCCGUCUCCCGGACAGAACACAGUAAAGCCACCAGAGGGCGACAGAGAGCAGCACCCCAGCGACCAGCUGUAG